AUGUCUACUGAAAAUGUGGUGAUUUCAUCUAUUGUCAAUAAUGAUAAUUCAUAUCCUGUUGUAGAUACGUUGGCUUCUUAUUUGCCUCGGGUUGACCAAUUCUAUAUCCCUGAAUGGCUAACUGUUCAAUUCGUUACACAAAAUUUGAUUUGUUUCACUCCUUUGAUAUCUUAUGGUACUACUGUCAUUAGUAUCGAAAGAUCCAAGACAUCGUUGGGUUUUUCGAUAGACAUCUGUGCUACCAUGUUGAUUGCAAGUAUCCUCAGAGUCUCUUAUUAUCUAAUUACUCCAUAUGAAAUCACUUUGUUAAGGCAGGCACUAAUUAUGAUUUUUAUCCAACUGAUUUUACUAAGGACAACGUUGAUAUAUAGACCAGAGGAAUAUAAAUACGAUAAUUUAAUUACAGUUGAGCCAUUCACCGGCUUGAUUCACGAUAUUUGGAUCGAAUGUUUUGGUGAUGAAAAAUUUGGUUGGGAUUGGAGAGUAAUAUGGAGAUGUCUAACUAUUAAAAAUAUACUAAGCUUUACUGCUAAAUUCGUACUAGUUAUUCUUUACAAGUGUUUAAAAUUUUUUGAUCCAAGUUUUAAACGUUUUAAAUCGUUCUGGCAAUGGAAUGAUGAUAGAUUUUUCUGGAAGUUCUUGAUCUAUUUCUCAACUUUCCAGAUUUUUUUCACUAUUUUCAUUGCAAAAAUUUUAGAUUGGGAAGAGUUAGCUCAAUGGAUAGGUUCCUUAAUCGGAUCAACCGGUCUUCUAGUAGAAUCCCUGUUACCACUACCUCAAAUUUCGAUCUUAAAUAAAUUGAAGUCUGUUCAAGGUUUCAAAUUAAUUCUAUUAGUAAGUUGGCUUUGUGGUGACACAUUGAAGAUAACUUACUUGGUAUUUGGUGCUAAAAACAUCUCAUACAUUUUUGUAGUAUUCGCUCUAUUUCAAAUGUCAUUGGAUUUUUAUAUUGGUGGCCAAUAUAUCUACUAUAAAUAUUAUUAUGAAUCCAAUGAAAAUUCUCAGAAUACCGAAGAAAUUGAAUUAAGAGAAUUCAAUGUAACAUCAUCGUCUAAAAAUAUAAAUAUUGGACAUUCUCAACCAUCU